AUGGCAAAAACUCCAGCGGCCAAAAAAAAGGCGCCUAAGGCGUCCGAAGGCAAAUCGGGGGCGAAGAAGACGAAGAAGGCUGCUGGUAAGUCCGAGAGCGCGGUCCCCGAAGGCGUGCGUAAGCUGAGGGCGCUGCUCGACCAGGCUUCCAAGAGCGCUCCCGUCGCCAACGCGGCUUCCACGGCUGAACAACUGCCCCCAAGCAGCGAAUCUAGCGCCGCUUCGGCUCCUCAGGGGGAGUCGGCCGGCAAAGCAAAGACCGGGCGCCGUGCCGAUGAACCCGGUGCACGUAAGCCGAAAGGAGCGGCUCGUCCCAUCAAGAAAAAGUCUAAGGGCGGCCCUAAGGAAUAUGUUGACCAUCCUAAUGUCGUUUUCGUCGGCAACGUGCCGCUUUCGGUUGACAAGUCCGAGCUCAUCAAGAGCCUUGGCAUCGACCCUAAGAUCGUGAAAUCCGUGCAUUUCAGGUCCCUCCCAGUCGAGAGCAAGUUCGCGUACAACAAGAGGAUCGGCGUGAUCCGCGGCAAGCUGAGCGACGCGAAGCCCAGCCAGAAUGCGUACGUCACGCUGGUGGACGAGAAGUACGUAGACGAGCUGGUGGCCAAGAACACCAUGGAGCUGCGCGGUCACUACCUGUUCAUCAACAAGUCGUCGCCAUCGUCGUUCAGCAAAUUCAAUCGCAAGAAAACCGUCUUCGUCGGUAGGCUCCCCCCCAACACUACUGAGAACGAGCUCUUCGAGGUGUUCUCAAACGUCAGCCAGGUUCAAGGCGUUCGAAUCAUACGCGACCCUGUUACGUCGGAGUCUAAGGGUUUCGGAUUCGUCUUAUUCGACAGCCGCACUGCCGUACCAGAGGCGGUGGAGGCGUUCAACAACUACUCGUUUAAGGGCUACACGCUGCACGUCACCAAGGCGCUGGAUCACGAGGCGGCGUCCGAGCACAAGGCGAAGUCGUCGAAGAAGAAAGCGCCGGCCGGCAAGAAGGGGGCAAAGCACGCUGGUGCCAAUAAGGGCGGCAAACCUGCGCAAAAACGCACGCUGAAGGCCAAGCCUAAGAACAAGCGGCGAUGA